UCGCUCUCCAAGGUGCUGAAAGUCGGAGCGCUCCCUCCUUGGUCUCGCCUACUGACGAUGAAUGCGACCUCUGCCGAAACCAGAUAAACAAUCAAUGACUGGCUUCAACCUCCAAUGGUUUCAUUUUUGCAUACUACAUAACUUCAACCCACCUGGAUGUUUAUUUUUCGUGCAAUCACUGGAUGCACAGACUACACACGUACUGUAUGUGCAACAAGACUGACGGCUUUUAAUAUUCACCUGCAUCGUUGGGAAAUAUUAAACUGACUCCGGAUUCUCAGGGAAUGCUAUAGAGGAUUUUUCUAGCUGUUUUUCUUGGUUUCUGUUUCUGUCUCCGCACCGCAUGCCUUUGGACGUUAACUGUGAUAUUGUCCCUAAAAGGCGAGUCCGAUGGGCAUAAUGAAGCGGACCUACUUUUAUGUGGAUAACAUUUUUUUUUGCACUCGAAACGGGGAAGCAUAUCUCCAAAAUGCUGGGGUAUAAUUGCUUUUAAUAAAUCGUUCAUCACGAUCGAGGGGGAGGAUUACAGUACCUUGUGGAGCCUGGUGAAUUUACCCUGUGGAUAAAGUGAAGUUUCCGAAAGGCUAAGCGACGAUCUGUAAUCUGCUCCAGCCGUCGAUGUGGUGAGCUCUCUGGCUUCACGCCAAGUGGAUAUCAAGCAAUUUCAACGCGCCCAUUUCCUUAAGUGAUGAUGUCGGUGAUAACGACGCGCAGGACGGAUCUGGAGAGGACACCGAGCGCCUAGGGAUGACAUCCACACAAUCUUGUUGAAUGUGGAUAUUAAUGCUGCGGCGAAGGAUGGGCCCUCUCCUCUCGCUCGCCUUCGUCCUCCUUCUGGCCCUGAGCGUCGGGUCUCCGGCCUCGGUGGGUAACCCCGAGGAUUACGCUGCAGACGAAUCGGAGCGGACCGCCAAUGAAAACAUCGUUUUCGAUGACUACCGGGGGAAAGGAUGCGUGGAUGACAGUGGUUUUGUCUACAAACUCGGGGAGCGCUUCUAUCCGGGACACUCGAACUGUCCGUGCGUGUGCACGGAGGACGGGCCUGUGUGCGACCAACCCGAGUGCCCCAGACUUCACCCUAAGUGCACCAAGGUGGAACAUAAUGGAUGCUGCCCGGAGUGCAAGGAAGUAAAAAAUUAUUGCGAGUACCGGGGGAAAACGUACAAAAUCCUGGAAGAAUUCAAGCCGUCACCCUGUGAAUGGUGCCGCUGCGAACCAAAUAACGAGGUGCACUGUGUGGUGUCCGACUGCGCCGUCCCAGAGUGUGUCAACCCAGUGUAUGAGCCAGAGCAAUGCUGCCCCAUCUGUAAAAAUGGUCCAAAUUGCUUUGCUGGAACAACGAUCAUCCCAGCUGGAAUUGAAGUAAAGGUGGACGACUGCACCAUCUGUCGUUGCCACAGCGGAGACUGGUGGAAGCCGGCACAGUGCUUGCGACGGGAGUGCCUCAAUGGCCAGUCAUUGUCAUAGAGAGACUCCACCGGGGAUGGUGGAAAAGCUCAGGCAAGGCCCUGCCUACUGCACCAUUUUGUAUGAUUGACAGGGCAGGAGCACAAUUCCUAAGCAACCUGAGACAGCAUGGAGGAAAUGCUCUCACAAGCUUACAAAUACAAAUUUAGCCAGUGACAAGAAGAAACUUGUCCCAUGGCUGUUUUCACCCUCCAGUUUUAAUUGUCCUAUAUAUUUUCAGAAGUUGACUUGCUUGACUUGCUGCUCUCAUACAAAAAGUUUCUAAACUCCCUGAACUCUUUCCUAACCAUCAGCAAUGUUGAAGUGCUUGUGUUUAUUUCUGUAUGUACAGUGGCAAGAAGUAUGUGAAGCCAGUUGAAUUACCUUGUUUUCUGCAUUAAUUGGUCAUAUAAUGGGAUCUGAUCUUCAUCUAAGUUUUGAGAACAAACAAACACAAUGUGCUUAAGCAAAUAACACACAAACAAAGAUAAUCUCUUGUCUGUUGAACAAAUCUAUUAAAUAUUGACAGUACUGGUGGAAAAAGCAAAUAAACCCUUGGACUUAAAUACUGGCUGAAACUCCUUUGGCAGCAGUGGCCUCAAAAUAAAUGUUUCCAGUAGCCAUGGAUCAGACCUGCAUGGUGUCCUUCAAUGGACCAUGCACCAUGAAUUGUAUAAGAGAUUCAUGAACAGAGAUGUUAACCAGCUCUAAUGACUCCCUUAAGCCUUUAGCUGUUGAUCUGGGCUUUUUUUUUACCUCACACAUUCAGCAUUGUGCUUUUGGAGUCUUCUUAACCUCACAGCCAUUUCUACGCAGUAGCAGCAGCCCUGAGUUGUCUCCAGCGUUUAGACAGUUUAACUGUAGACUGAUGAAUAUCUAAACUCUUUGAGAUUCCACUGUAACACUAUCCAGCUUUACGCAAACCAACACUUAAUGAUCAUAAGUCUUUUUGCGAGGCAUGACUCACAUGAGCAGAUGCUUCCUGUGAAUAACACAUUCACACUUGUUAAACCAUUUUAGCAAGUCAGCAGAGCUCUGACCAACAUUCCAAUCUUAUUUCACCGAUUUCUUUUCUAAUUCCUGACUACAGUUACCUUUUGUUGAUGUCUUUAUCCUAGAGAUUCACAUGUUUUCUAGCCUACACUGUUAAUGGUUGAAUUGAAUAUGGGCAAAAACAACAACAGCUUGUGUGGUAUUAGUUAAAAUAGGAUUGUGUGUUCAAUGGCAUUACCUUGAUGAUGAUCUGACCAUAUCUUAAAACAAAUUUAUACAUAAAUGCAGAUAGAUCCAGUGGAUUUUUCAUUUAUUUAGAUCUCAAUUAUUACUCUUCCUGGGGUCCACUUACUUUUCCUUGCCACUGUAUGUCAUGUGCUUGUUGUACAUGUCUGCCCCAGUCACGCAGGUGUUCUAAAAUUCUAACAGCAGGAAAAACAAAGUAAGCACACUUAAUGGCGCUUUUUUGUCAUGAGGAUUGACACCGGUGAAAACUCUGCAAUGGUGUGUUCAAGUUACACAAUUUCACUCUAAGAGCUUGUUUACAAAAUGCACAUCACACAUAAAUGUUUGUGUCUUCAUAAGACUUUUUACUGCUGUGCCAGGUACUCACCUUUAACACUUAGAUGAUGCUACUCUCGAUUUUAUAAACAGCUACAGUAUAAAUCCAAACAAAUGCUGAUUUUAUUGCUCAUCAUACCUGGUUUUGAGUCGUAUAUCUAGCAGCACAGGCAGAUAAAGUUGGUAAAGUCAGCUGAAAGGCAGGAAAGGUGGUAACCAGCUGCUGUGAGAAACUGUUUUUUUUUUUUUUUUUUUUUUAUAUUUAAUAUUGUACUUCAAAUCUCAGACGGGUAGAUGUAAAAUUCUGCAACACUCUAUCUGAACAACAACUCUGGGCAGCCCCUUCCAGCUUAAUUGUUAUUGUUUUCUCUCAAAGGCUCAUAUCCUUCAAAAUAUUCCCACUAACUAAUUGCUUGAACUUGUUAUCAAAGCAAUUAGUGAGCCAAGAGCAGCCUGCUUUAAUUUCCCUUAAUCAAGGAGUAUUCUGUGAUAAAUCUUCCAGCUGGGUAUUUGGCACUGCUGCAGCCUGCACUCUGGGCACACUCAACGACAACCAGCAGACAAAAGGAGGGAAUCUGCAUAUACUGUAUGUCUAAAUGCUUUUAAGCAGCACUGACAUGCACACUGUCCACGUCAGCAUACACAUGCAUGCCAUUCACCCACAAUGUCAUAGACACAAUACUGUACUGUAUGUUGAUCUGCACCCAGUGAAGCACUUGAGCCUAAAAAGCUUGUUAAGAUACCAAGUGGUUACCUGAUCUCACUGCUAUAUACAACAGACUUUCAGUUCCUCCCUUUUCCACUGUUCAUAUAGCUAUUCCAAUAUAGUGUGGCUACAGCCAGCACUACAACAUAGAGACAAGCUAAUGUAUUACUGUGAUAUUCUCCCAGAUCAGAGUGGUCCUCAAGUGGUCCAGUCUGAGAGAAAAAGAACCCAACCAGGGCCCAAAACAUGAUGCUUGGGAGGUGAUAAAUACUAGUCAUUAAUUCAGAGGUGAAUUCCAGUAAGCUUAUGCCAUUCAUCACUAGAAUCUUUUCCAUUUCCAGAAAAUCAGUUCCUGUUAACCUUUUAGACCCCAUCCCUUGGCUGUGAUGGAUGAGCUGCUUAAUAGCAGCUCCCAGUACUCUGUAAUGAGGGAGAAAUGAACACAGGAUAAAGACCAAUGACUAAAGAGGUAUAAUAUCUUUAAAAACAAUUUUUGUCUGCUGUAAAGUCUUAAGCUGCUGGGUGGUUGAGGACUCACAAGAAAUGAAAGUGGGUGGAGUUUAAUCUUAGGUCCAACAAUGAAGCCGGGGUCACUUUCAUCACUGAGCUCCAGUGAUUUAGUAUCUUUCAGUGUGAAAUGGCAUACCUCAUCUAUUUAGCUCGAAGUCUGCACUCAUAAAACAAAACUGGCAUCUAUGGUUUAUCAAUCACAGCCUCAGUGCUCCAGACACUUCAGGAUUAACAAAGAAGCUUCAUUCAUCUUAAUUACUUUAAAUGUUGCAUAAUUAUUCAAACUCUACAUGUAUCCCAAAAUUAUACUGGGAUUAGUUUAGUGGUUAGCAACAGAGGAAAAACUUCAGCGAGUAUGCCAGUUGACAGGGCUUGAAGGCACUGCUGCUACCACGGAGGCCUUAUUGGUACUGUCACAGAUAACAUUCACACAGCGUGGCCUUUGGCUUCAUGCUGGAUGAAAAGCCCAGACUGCUUUAAGUGCUACUUUGCUUAUACUCCUCUGUACAAUACUGUAUUAUUCAAAAUUAGUCAUUGUUUUACCAUUCAAGGAAAAGGAAACAAGGAAAGGACAGUUUGAUCAUGGCUGAAAUACAGAUUUGAAUUUGCAGGUGGCUCUAAAAAUUAUUAUUAUUUUUUAAAUUUGAUCUCAAAUGGAAAAGCAGCAAUAAAUGGCAUAUAGAGGUAUCCAAGCAACUUGAUCCUUGUGACAAUUGUGGCAAUUCAUUGUACUGUAUAAUUGCUCUGAUUCAGUUUCCUCCCAAACUGUGUUUUAUUGCAUCUGUUAAACUACUCACUUUCUUCAUUUUACAAGCUGCUUUCAUCAUGUGAAGGUAGGAGUGCAAAAAACAUCAAGAGUCAAACCAUCCCGACGAUUAUGGCCAAGUGUCUCUCCACAUGUAAUGUUAAUAGGCUGCAGUGGGAGGGGAAAAAUGAGAGAAAUUAAAUAAGCAAAUCUUAUAUUCAGAGCAGGUAGUAUAGUUAAAGAAACUUGUGGAAGAACGUCUUUCAUUGUACUGAUGCAUACUUACAUGCACUGCAUUGUAAAUAGGUGGACUUGUUUUUAAACAGUUCUCAUGACGAUUACUUUUACUGCUUUCAAUGAGAACUAAACAUGAUGAGUUUGGAUCCAUGUGGAUUAAGUCACAGUAGAUGCCUACAGUAUGUGUGCCACUUGAGAAAAUGGGCUGCAUUUUUAAAAACACAAGGCUUUUAUGUGGCACACUUCCACUGUAGGCAUCUCAGGACACGGCCUCUGCCAGGCAAACCGGGGGGCAACUACAUUUCUCCUUACAAACACAUGAAGCUGCAGUUUCAAGGACAAAUCAGCAGCACAUUCCGUUUUUGUUCAUUUUCUGCCAAGAAACUUGAACUUUCAUGUCUGUCUGUGGAUGUCUAUUCAAAAUGACCCCACAUGUCCUCCCACCAUUCACACUGCAGGCAUGUACAUUGACAUUUUCUAUAGGUUUACCAUCUGCUUUUUCCAUGAGACACCGACUUACUGUAGCUGGAAACUUUGAAAGUUCUUUUUUUUUCCCAGCAACAAAGCUGUUACAUAAAGUGUGCCUGAAAACCAGCACAGAAUACUAUCUGGAAUAGGACGAGAGAAACACUGUUACUAUACAAUGAACUGUAUUCAUUUUUGGAGCAACAAGGGUCUGUUCAUGUGGCACUCAAACAUGUUACAGUAUAGUUUCUAUAACAAACUUGACAUUUCUGUUUAAAAUCAAGAGCAUCUUUGAUUGUAUAUGAAUACAUGUUCACACGGGUUUACCCUAAACUGUACAAGAAACAAAGGGUCCAAAUUUCAGACAGCUAAACAGCCCUUAGUGCUCCCUGUUGUUCAUAUGUAAAUAUCUUUAAACAUAUUAUGUGUAUUAUGAAAUCUGAGGUGGAGUAAAAAAAAGAAAACAACGAACAAACAAGCAAAAGAAAAUGUGUAUUAUUCAUCAAGACAAACACUAUUUUGUUAAAUAGACUUGAAAAGAAGUGUGAUUCAAAAAAGUGACUAGA